UUGUUGUCUUGGUCGAUGUCGGAUAAGAGCGUCGCGAUCGCCGGCCAGGACGCUGCCGGUUGGUUCUCUGUAUCUGUCCGCGAUCGACGCGCGAGAGCCAUGGAUGGAGGCAUGGAGAGCCCGGUGGGGAGAUCACCGCGAACCCCGGAGGCGGAAAUCGGGCACCGACUGGAGGAUCUAUGGGACGUACAGCAGCCGCAGCUCAGUCCCUCCCAGAAGCUCAACUCUUGUUUCGAGGACCUCCCCGUCUCCUCCUUCCCCGCCGCCCCGCCUUCCCAAGUAAUUGAUAUACCUUCAGAUGCAAGUCUAGCUGAUGCUGUUGAAACUUUAUCCAAACACAAGAUAUUAAGCGCACCUGUCAGGAAUGUGAAUGCACCGGAAGAUGCUAGCUGGAUAGAUAAGUACAUUGGCAUUGUAGAGUUUCCUGGAAUUGCUGUAUGGCUUCUACAUCAGUUUGAAAUUGCAAAUUCAAACCCGGAAGCUGCUGCCUCAAUGGGCGGUUGCUUCUUUGAAACUCUCACAUCAUCAGAAUUUUACAAAAAUACAAAGGUUGAAGAUAUUGCAGGGUCCUUUCGCUGGGCCCCAUUUCUCGCCUUGCAGAAUUCUGACUCUUUCCUAACCAUGUUGCUACUGCUAUCGAAGUAUAGAAUGAAGAGCCUUCCUGUAGUUGAUCUUGGUGAAGGGAAGAUUGAAAAUGUCAUUACACAGUCUGCCGUGGUUCACAUGUUGGCAGAAUGUGUAGGGCUUCAUUGGUUCGAGAACUGGGGAUCUAAAAAAUUAUAUGAGUUGGGCCUUCCAAUCAUGAAGCCUAAUAGACUUCUUAAGGUAAAUGAGGAGGAGCCAGUUCUAAAGGCUUUCAAAUUGAUGCGAAAAAAAGGAAUCGGCGGGCUUCCAGUAGUCAACGAAAGUGGGGAGAGGGCUAUAGGAAACAUAAGCAUCAGAGAUGUCCAGUAUCUUUUAACUGCCCCUGAGAUAUACAAAGAUUACAGGUCAAUCACAGUUAAAAACUUCCUAACUGCUGUACGAAGUUACUUGGAGGAACACCACGAAGCUUCGCCCAUGUUACGAGAUCUAGUUACAUGCAAAAGAGAUGAUACACUAGAAGAUAUCAUUUUGAGAUUAGACCAUGAGAAGAUUCACCGAAUCUAUGUCGUCGACGAGGAGGAGAAUCUGCAGGGAGUAAUCACACUUCGGGACAUAAUCUCCAAACUAGUCCAUGAACCACAUGGUUAUUUCGGUGAUUUCUUUUACGGAGUGGUUCCGUUGCCGGAGAGUAGUAGGGUGUGAAAGAUAACUCCGAACUCAACACUCGAGAUUGACCAUGUCGUUCUGUCGUUUAAACCUGCUUUCUUCUGUUUCAUGCAUAUGCAUGUUGUAUCAACUCAUUCUAUUGCCUAAUAGAAUCUGUUGUUUGUAGAUUGUAAGUUGGUCUUAUUGCAACUUUGGCACACUACUGUUUGUAUCGCUUACCUUAUUUUGUAAUUCCAUCUCCUUGUACAAAAGCCACUCUUCUGCUUAGCUCAUCAUUUGUUGUACUUA